ACUCAAAAAAGGGACACUUUCUGGACAUGCUUAGAUAUAAAUGAAGGAGGAGACGUGACAGGCUGAUCCCAUAAAAAAAACAUGGAGAAAAGGGCCGUGGACAUUAAAGAAGAGGACUGUGAAUGGGGACCCACCCACCAUCACCAAGCAAGUCUGCGCAUUAAGGAGGAGGAGGACUGUGAAUGGGGAUCUCUGGGCAUUAAAGAGGAGAUCAUCAGUCCUGAUGUACAGAAACAUGAAGGCACAGAUGAUGUCAAAGAAGAUAAGUUUAUGUUGGAUUCUGGGAGUCAUAGUGGAGAUAUGUCACCGAGUAGACCCUGGUCUAUUGAGCAGCAUGCUGACAGUGUGAAGUCUGAGUUAGCGAUACCUGACAUCGAGAACGUUAAGGACAUGUCACCAAGGAGAGCACUGAAGGAUCAUUCUGAGGAAAAUUUCCAGGACAGUGGCAGUUUCUCCCUGCAGAACAGAGGACAGCAUGCAGCGUCUGAUGAAAAAGUGCAGAAAUCUACAUCUGGAUUGGAGAGUGUGUUACCAGCUCCUUUGGAAUCAAACUCUGCAACGUCUAUGAAAAAAACCAGGACAGGUGCCAUCAACAAGCAACAGGCGCAAAAAACAAGUACCUGCCAAGAGCGCAGAAAAGGGUGGAAGCAUAAAUCUAACUGUAAAAGUCAACAGUGGAGUUCUACAAAACAAAAGCCCUACUGCUGUUCUGAAUGUGGCAAGCUAUUCUCCAAUAAGAGCAAUCUUAAUGUACACUUAAGAAUUCACACAGGCGAGAAGCCCUUUUGCUGUCCUGAAUGUGGUAAACAAUUCUCCCAUAGUAGCGGCCUAAAGAUUCACUCUAAAAUUCACGCUGGAGAGAGUCCAUAUUGCUGUUCGGAAUGUGGUAAGCUAUUUUCCAACAAGAGCCAUUUUCAGAGACACACGAGAAUUCACACUGGAGAGAAACCAUAUAGUUGUCCUGAAUGUGGCCGACAAUUCUCUUGCAGUGGCCUUCUUCAGACCCACAGAAGAAUCCACACAGGGGAGAAACCAUAUAACUGUCCUGAAUGUGGCAAAAAAUUUUCACAAGUAAGUAAUCUUAAGACCCACGCAAGAAUUCACACGGGAGAGAAACCGUACAACUGUUCUGAAUGUGGGAAACGAUUUUCACGCAUAUGUCAUCUUAAGACACACUCAAGAAUUCAUACUGGAGAGAAACCCUAUUGCUGCUCUGAGUGUGGCAAACAAUUUUCCAAUGGUAGCCAUCUUCAGACUCACACCAGAGUUCAUACUGGAGAGAAACCAUACAGCUGUUCUGAAUGUGGAAAGUUGUUUUCACAAAUAAGCCAUCUUAAGACACACACAAGAAUUCACACUGGGGAGAAACCAUAUGGCUGUUCUGAAUGUGGUAAACAAUUCUACGACAGUAGCUAUCUUCAGACUCACUCAAGAAUUCACACUGGAGAAAAGCCAUAUAGCUGUUCUGAAUGUGGUAAACGAUUCUCACAAGUAAGUCAACUUAAGACCCACGCUAGAAUUCACACUGGAGAGAAGCCAUAUGGCUGUCCUGAAUGUGGCAAGCGAUUCUCUGAUGGUAGCCGUCUUCAGACCCACACAAGAAUUCAUACAGGAGAGAAGCCAUACAGUUGUUCUCAGUGUGGGAAGCGAUUCUCACAAAUAGGCCAUCUUCAAACUCACAGAAGGAUUCAUACUGGGGAGAAACCACAUUGCUGUUCUGAAUGUGGCAAAGGAUUCUCUGUCUUGAGCAGACUUCAGAAACACACAUUAGUCCACACAGGGAAGAAGCCACACUCCUGUUCUGAAUGUGGCAAAUGGUUCACAUUUAAAAGCCAUCUCAAAGUGCACACAAGAUUUCACACUGGAGAGAAGCCAUACUGCUGUUCUGAAUGCGAAAAAACAUACUCUACCAAGAGCAGUCUUCGAAAACACACAAGAAUUCACACUGGAGAGAAGCCAUAUUGCUGUUCUGAAUGCGACAAACGAUUCUCCUCCAACACCAGUCUCCGGACCCACAGAAGAAUUCACUCAGGAGAGAAACCUCACUGCUGUUCUGAAUGUGGCAAACAAUUUUCACUUAAACGGCAUCUUCAGAGACAUGUAAGAAUUCACACUGGGGAGAAACCCUAUUCCUGCUCUGAAUGUGGGAAACGAUUCUCACGCAGUAGCAAUCUUCAGAACCACACAAGGAUUCACACGGGAGAGAAACCAUAUUGCUGUUCUGACUGUGGCAAACAAUUUUCUUUUAGUAGCAGUUUCCAAAAACAUGCUAGUAUUCACACUGGUGAGAAGCCGUAUUGUUGUUCUGAAUGUGGAAAACAUUUCUCCCGUAAUGGCAAUCUUCAGACACACUUAAGACUUCAUACUGGAGAGAAACCAUACUGCUGUUCUGACUGUGGCAAACAAUUCUCCUUCAGGAGCAGUUUUCAGACCCACAGAAGGAUCCACACUGGAGAGAAACCAUACUCUUGUUCUGAAUGUGGGAAACAAUACUCCAAUAGUAGCAAUCUUAAGGUACAUAUACGAAUUCACACAGGAGAGAAACCAUACAGUUGCUCUGAAUGUGGCAAGCAAUUUUCUGACAGUAGCCAUUUUCAAACUCACAUACGAAUUCACACUGGAGAGAAACCGUAUUUCUGCUCUGAAUGUGGAAAAACUUUCUCACGCAGCAGCAGUCUUCAGGAACACAAAAAAAUUCACACUGGUGAGAAACAACACUAGCAGCGCAAAAAAUCACUCCACAAAAACAAGCUCACUUCAAGACUCAAGAGUGAGGUAUACUCCUGUCCUGAAAGUAAGCAAACUAAACCAUUGGUGAGAAAUUUCAGAGAAUAGUAAUACAACAACAGGUCACAAGCAAUGAGGGAACUAAACCUUACAGAUGAAUCAGCCCCUGAGAGAAAACACUUAGAAAAAGUCUGGCUAAUUGAAGUACCAGUCCCAGAGUCUAGUCAGUCCUAAGAAUUAUGGCAAUUACCAGGAAAUUUAAUCAGGGACCUGGCAGAUGUGAAACAAAACCACCUAAAGAUACAUCAAAAAGAAUGUCUACAAAGGGUUAAGCUAGAAAUGUUAAGAGUGAGAACAACAAGGUAAAGACGACAGGACAGAGAGUGAAUAAAACGUCUGAAGUAAGAAAUUAGAGUGAUGAGACAUUUUUACGCAAUUCUUAUGUUAGGUUAUGCAAUUGAAGAUUCUUAAAAAUGCUUUGCUGCUACUAACCAGGUUUAACAGAUCAAGUUAAUUUAUUUACUUCCUCCUAUACCCUUUAUAAUAAGAAGUAAUGGCAGAAAAGUGGUUAAUGCCGUGGUCUUUUGGUUCCAGUUUUUUCCUCCAUUUUCAAGCAGGUGCAGAUUAUGUUAAUCAACUACUCAAACCUGGCCUGGCAUGCACAAGCUUGGGUGAUGGCAUUGGCGUGUCCUGUGAUGAACUGUGACUCUGUACAGUAUUCACGCUUCAUCUGUGGGGUAGAUUAUGGACUCCCACCAUGAUGAACUAGCUUAAGUGAGUGGACAUUAUAAUGAUUCUUAUUGUAACUGCUGAGUGCUGGAAUAAAUAAGAGAAUUUUUAAAAAAUUAUUAUGGCAUCAAAGUUACUUUUUUGGUCCACCUGAGCAAGUAAUAGUCUAAGGGUUUAUGUGAAGAAAAUCAGGGUUUACAGAUACAGCUAGCAAGAGAGAAGCUUCAGACUACUUUGGGUAAUCAUACCCAGGAGGCCAAGUAAGCACUAUGGCCUUGUACUAGAUAGUAUACACUAAACAUGCAAGUGACUGAAGACACAUUCGUCAUGCAUUCUCAAGACCUAUAAAAACCACCGUGCUAAUGUAUAUAUGGUGGAGAGAAAAAGGUUCUCCAACCAGGAUUCACUCUGGGGAACGGCAAACACCACAAAGCUGAGAGACAGCUGGCCAUUGAACAUGGGGCCCCUUCGUAGUUAGCUGUCUGACCGGCCACUGACUGAGAGAGUGGAGUGGAGUGGAGUGUACGUUCGGCUUAGCUGUCUGAGCUGGGCUGCUUAUAAACCUGAGGUUCAGAGGUUGCUUCCCAUCUCUGAAGUCUCAGGGAGGAUAGCAGCUGAGAGAGGAGUAAUAGACUGAGCAGAGACCUGUGGAGAGGUGUGUGGGGGGUUAAAAUAAAUAAAUUGUGUGUCUCAAGACAAGCGCACCAAAUGUGGGUACUGAACAUUUACAAUAUAUUAACUUUAUAUAAUACUGGCAUUAUGAAAAAAUAUUGUUAUACAGUAUGUG